CUUUCGCAUCUGUGAUAUCUGGACAAUCUCUUGUGACUUCACCCACGAUUUGUCCGAGCCGACGGGAUUUCAUAUUUGCGACCGCUCUGUCUAGCGCGCAAGCUUGCGACCUGCUGUCAAUUUCCCGGCCACCUCCAUCAUCAGCCAUAGCAUCAUCGUCGACCUCGACCUCCACACUCGACUCGCGCAUUCAUCGCAUCAACCCGAAUCGCUUCUCUACAAUACCGCAUAUCCUUACUGCAUCAUGGCCGACCGACCACAGCUCCCUGAGCUUCGAAACCCCAUGCUCGACGAGGAGCGUGCACCAAUGCAUGAGACCCUCGUCGAACGCAGAUGUCUCGGCCAGACCGAGCUCAAAGUGAAGCCCGGCCAGGUCAACACGUCGAAUGCGACAAAGCCCGAUAAUCUCGGCACGCUUGACUACGCGCACCUGCGAGUUCCUCUCCCGAAAGACCUCAGCGGUAGUGGCAUCUUCCUCCGAGGCGCGAACCGCAAGUGGCCCGAGGCGUACUUUUUGAUGCGACGUUCGAGCGACGGUUUCAUCAGCGCGACGGGCAUGUUCAAGGCUGCAUUCCCAUAUGCGCAGCAAGAAGAGGAGUUGUUGGAAAAGGACUACAUCAAAUCUCUGCCCGCUGCAUCGAGCGAAGAGGUUGCGGGGAACGUCUGGAUUGAUGCACACAAAGCUCUGGAACUCGCUGACGAAUACGGCAUCAAACUUUGGAUCGCCGCCCUUCUCGACCCAACACCCAUCACCCACGGCACCAACGAUCCGACCAAGAAAGGCAUCAAAUCGCCUCCCGCUUUCCACAUGCGCGACGCCGACGCUCUCGGCCGCACACCAGGCCGCGCCUCUCCCGGCACCACCACAAAAGGCAAACGCUCCGUCCGUGGAGCCAACGCACGCAGCAUGCGCUCCGAGUCGCCAACAAAGGCCUCCAAGCCUACGCCGCGCAAAAUCGCCACACCAAGAAAAGCGCGCAAAGGUCGUGGUGCGCUCGCUAGUGUCGACGAGACUGCCUCCACUGCGGGAGAGUCGGUGAAUGGCGAGAACGGAGAGUCUGUGAGGGUGGAAGUUGAGACAACCACUGUGCCUGGCGUGAAUGGCGAUGAGGAGUCG